AUGUCAAAUCUUAUCGAAGUCUUAUCUGGGGCCAACCAUGCUCCUACCCCCGGAUGGGCUUAUGUCCCAGAUAUCCGUCAGCCUGUCACCGCGUCCGGAAGGGCUGGUGGUCGUAAACGCGGCGCGCGAGAUGCCGCUAUCAGUCGCGACGAAGGAAGCUCAAGGCAGCAGAAUGCAGUCCUGAGACGCCUUGCGGAACUGGACCGAGAUAACCACAAAGAUGUUCAUAUUCCGAUACCAACUAAACAAAAAGACACUGGGUCAAAAGCUUCACGAACUAAAACCACACCCAACGUGCGCCGUAUUUUGAUGUCCCAGAAAACGUUCAAGAACUACCUCGACGAUGAAGAAGCGGCCGCCGCGCUUGCUCCGCCUUCCGGAACGCGUCCCAGUGGGCGAAGUAGCAAAGCCGCUCGGAAGGUUGGAGCCAGGCUUUCAGCAGCAUUUCAAUCGCAGUCUGAACCUAAAGUAUCCCAAUUAAUCGUUUCCGAGUUUGACCAUGACCCUCUCCUCAAAUCUUACAUCCCGGCGGCACCUUCGGAGCGGAUCAUGCAGACACUUCUUUCCGAACCACCCCUUUCAUAUAACGCUUCGCGCGCUACUUUCCCUACGAAUGUGAGCCGAAAACCACCGAGAGUCUUUUGUGGAAUUUGCGGGUAUUGGGGGAAAAUAAAGUGUAUCAAGUGCCGGGCAAGGGUAUGCAGCCUGGCAUGCCAACAAGCCCAUGAUGAAACUGUCUGUGACCGGUUUUUCACAUAA